CUAACAUCGCUGGCAAUCGGACGCGUUUUGAAAACUUGCUCUCUCUCCGAUUUCAUUCUGGUUUCUUGGUUUCUGGCUUUUGACCUGGGAAAGUAAGAAGGUGCGAAGAACAACGGCAGCUGCAAGAAUAAUAGAAAUUGCUGGCGAGCAGAAAACAGGAAAUCGGCAGAAAUCAGUUUUGAUCAUUCGCAGACUCGCCGCCGACCGAUAAGGACCAUGAUCUUGCGAACGCCAUUCGCCGGCCACCAGCUGCUCCAGCUCCUGCCCUCCGUCCUGCUCCUCCUGCCGCUCCUGCCCAUCCUCCUUCUACUCCUCGUCCGGCCCAGCGAUGCCAAGACGCCCAGUCCCGGGGACCAGCUGCAGAUGCAGCACCACCAAAUGGCGGCGGAGCCGGGACUGCCGGAGCCCAGGGCCUACCUGCCGGAUGCCCAGCACCUGGACUUCGUCUACCACGACCACGAGGAGCUCACGAGGUUCCUCAGGGCCACCAGUGCCCGGUACCCCAACCUGACGGCCCUGUACUCCAUCGGGAAGUCCAUCCAGGGUCGGGAUCUGUGGGUGAUGGUGGUCAGCUCAUCGCCGUACGAGCACAUGGUGGGCAAACCAGAUGUGAAGUACGUGGGCAAUAUCCAUGGCAACGAGCCCGUGGGCCGGGAAAUGCUACUCCACCUCAUCCAGUACUUCGUGACCAGCUACAGUUCGGAUCAGUAUGUGAAGUGGCUGCUGGACAACACUCGCAUCCACAUUCUGCCCACGAUGAAUCCGGACGGUUAUGCGGUGUCCAAGGAGGGAACAUGCGAUGGUGGUCAAGGAAGAUAUAAUGCCCGUGGCUUCGAUCUGAAUCGCAACUUCCCCGACUACUUCAAGCAGAACAACAAGCGGGGUCAGCCGGAAACGGAUUCCGUCAAAGACUGGAUAUCCAAGAUCCAGUUCGUGCUGAGUGGAAGCCUCCAUGGUGGUGCCCUGGUGGCCAGUUACCCCUACGACAAUACGCCCAACUCCAGGCUGCUCAAAGGGAUCUGCCGUUCGUCCGCCCUGUGCGCGAUGUUCCAGACCUACUCGGCGGCGCCAUCGCUGACGCCCGACGACGACGUGUUCAAGCACUUGUCCCUCGUUUACGCCCGCAACCACGCCAAGAUGUCCAGGGGCGUGGCCUGCAAAUCGGCCACGCCGGCCUUCGAGAACGGGAUCACGAACGGGGCCGCCUGGUAUCCGCUGACCGGCGGAAUGCAGGACUACAACUACGUGUGGUACGGCUGCAUGGAGAUCACGCUCGAGAUAUCCUGCUGCAAGUUUCCGCCGGCCUACGAGCUCAAGAAGUACUGGGAGGACAAUCAGCUGUCCCUGAUCAAAUUCCUGGCCGAGGCGCAUCGAGGGGUCCAGGGAUUCGUGUUCGAUCCGGCGGGCAUGCCCAUUGAGCGGGCCUCCAUAAAAAUCAAGGGACGUGAUGUGGGUUUCCAAACCACCAAGUACGGUGAGUUCUGGCGCAUUCUUUUGCCGGGAUACUACAAAGUGGAGGUCUUUGCCGAGGGUUUUGCUCCUCGCGAGGUGGAGUUCGUGAUUGUGGAGCAGCAUCCCACGCUGCUGAAUGUGACGCUGCAGCCCUCGAAGUACAUGGUGGCAGCUCCGGGCUCAUCCACCACUAUUAAAACCUCAACUGCUAAGCAUCGCGUCAAUGGGAAGCUGCAACUGUCCACCGAAUAAAUGGGAUCCUUCGAUUUCUGGAAGCGAUUGGCUGGCGUGUAAAUAAUAGCUGAAGUGGUUGAGGACCAGGAAGUGCCACGCAACUAACCCACUAAAACACCUGUGAACACCUCACUCUGAACUCCUGCACCCUUAUUUGGUCCUUGUUUUUUCUUAUACCCUUGCAGAUGGCAUCUUAGUUUUUUUUUAUAUUUAUUUUAGAUGAGCCCAGAUCUUUUUUAACAAUAGUUUAGCUUAGCAUUUGAUGUACAUAUAUUAUUUCAGAAAGUCCUUGUAAGCUUUGUCAUAUUUCACCCAUGGAAAAAAUUAAACUGCUGGCGGUAUAAAGAUAACGAUUUAAAACUAAAUAUUAUAAAACCCAUAUUUUGUAGUUUAGUUAUAAAACCAAAGAGUUUAAAUUUUUUGUUCUGUGCUUUUAUUUGUAUGUAGACAAAAAAAGAAUAAGCAAACUAAAAUAUUUAAAGGUCAUUUAGUUUACGUUAUAGAUGCAAGGAUAUCUUACCGAAAUUUGCUUAAGUUAUUUAAAACCAGUUUCUAACUUAACUUCAGAUCAAAAUAAUUUAAAUUAAAGUUUUAAAAGUUCCCUAGACAGGAGUUAAAAAAACACUAGAUUUUAAGACCUUUCUGGUGCAAAGAUUAAUUUUUAAUUUAAGUGUUUCUUGAUAAUGAUAUUGUAAAGAGCAAAAUCAAAGAAAAAAUGCCAAAUCCUAAUCGAAGAAAUAGUGAUCACUCAACUAAAGCAUCUUGUUAAUUGACUUCGCAGCGCAUUGAGGGCAUCGGGGCCAUGGGCGCCGCCGGAGUGCCAAUCGGAGGAGGGGGCGUGAUGGGUCCCGGGGGACUGUACCGCCCGAUUCCGGCGCCCCAGCACUACCG